AACUACAUGCGUUGACGGUGUACGUGUUGUGCUGAAAAUUUUGCAAUAAACGUAGAUUUUGUUAAAUAACUGAUAUAGAAAAUAAUUUGCCUUCAAAAUGAAGACUCGUUUUAAUACCUACGAUAUAAUAUGCAUGGUCACCGAGCUACAGAAGCUGGUGGGCAUGCGAGUAAACCAGGUGUACGACAUAGACAACAAGUCGUAUUUAAUCCGCCUGCAGCGCUCCGAGGAGAAGGCUGUACUGCUGCUAGAGUCGGCAAACAGGUUCCACACAACUCAGUUUGAAUGGCCGAAGAAUGUAGCACCUUCAGGGUUUACUAUGAAGCUCCGUAAACAUCUGAAGAACAAGCGCCUAGAGCAGCUCACCCAGCUGGGUAUAGACCGUAUCAUAGACCUGCAGUUUGGGAGCGGGGAAGCAGCGUACCAUGUCAUACUGGAGCUGUAUGACCGGGGCAACAUAGUGCUGACGGACUACGAGUGGACGAUACUCAAUGUGCUGCGGCCCCAUGUAGAGGGGGAUAAAGUUAGAUUUGCAGUAAAAGAAAAAUAUCCCCUAGACAGAGCAAAGUCGAACUUUGACCCUCCAGACGCAGAGGGCUUGAUGAAAAUACUAGCCAACAGCAAACCUGGAGACAAUCUUAAGAAAAUACUCAACCCUAACCUAGAAUAUGGUCCAGCGAUAAUAGACCACGUUCUCCUGGAGUCUGGCCUGACGGGCAACAUGAAGAUCAGCACGGAACCUGGGAAGGGUUUCUCUGUAGAACGGGAUUUGGACAAGCUGGUAGAAGCUGUGAAAAAGGCUGAGGAGUUAAUGGCGACCGCGAGGAGGGAAGUGGCAAAGGGCUACAUCACUCAGAAGAAGGAGGAACGUCCGCAGCCCCAGCCAGGCGAGGACGCCUUUUUCCUCACCAACGUGGAGUUUCACCCGAUGCUGUACGCGCAGCACAAGGCGCAGCCCUACGCGGAGUACGACUCGUUUGACCGAGCCGUGGACGAAUUCUAUUCGGGGCUGGAGGGACAGAAGAUUGACUUAAAGACUAUCCAAGUAGAGCGAGAAGCCAUGAAAAAACUCCAGAAUGUACGGAAAGACCACGAGAAACGAGUUAACGAGUUGGAAGACCUUCAAGUCACUGACCGGCAGGCGGCUGAACUAAUAUCAAGGAAUGAACCGCUAGUCGAACAAGCGAGGCUCGCUAUACAAGCUGCCAUCGCCAACCAGAUGUCCUGGGACGACAUAACGCUCCUCGUAAACACGGCCAAGGAGAACAACGACCCGAUCGCCUCCUGCAUAAAACAUUUGAAGCUGAACACGAACCACGUAACGCUGUCCCUCUCUGACCCGUACGAGGAUGAGGUGCCGCCUAUGUGUGUCGACAUCGACCUGUCUUUGACGGCCUUCGCUAAUGCUAGAAAAUACUACGACAUGAAACGCAAUGCAGCAAAGAAGCAGCAGAAGACCCUGGAGUCAGCAGACAAGGCCCUCAAGAGCGCCGAGCGGAAGACCAAACAGACCUUGAAAGAGGCUCAGACCAUCAGCUCCAUCAGUAAAGCCAGGAAGACCUACUGGUUUGAGAAGUUCUUCUGGUUCAUAUCCUCGGAUAAUUAUUUGGUGAUCGGCGGUCGUGACCAGCAGCAGAACGAGCUGCUCGUGAAGCGCUACAUGCGUGCCACGGACGUGUACGUGCACGCCGACGUGUCCGGCGCCUCGUCCAUCAUCAUCAAGAACCCGGGCGGGCACGUGCCGCCGAAGACACUCGGCGAAGCGGGCCAGGCUGCUGUGGCGUACAGUGUGGCGUGGGAAGCAAAAGUCCUCACUAGCGCGUGGUGGGUGCACGCGCACCAAGUGUCCAAGUCCGCGCCCACCGGCGAGUACCUCACCACCGGCUCGUUCAUGAUCCGCGGCAAGAAGAACUACCUGCUGCCGCAGCACCUGCAGCUUGGGUUCAGCUUCCUGUUUAGGUUAGAAGACAGCUGCAUAGAACGGCACAAGGGCGAGCGGAAAUCGACAGUGCCUGAGGACGACGCCUCAUCUGUCGUUUCGGACGCCACCACGGCGUUGACGACAGACGAUGGGGAUGAGGAGAUUGCAGUCUCAGAUGAUGACGGAUCAGAUGAAGACGACAAAUCGCAAGAGAAGGAGGAUAACUGUGAGAAAGAGCCGACAAGCGAUAAGCCCGCCUUAGACGACAUAGAGGAGGACAGCGAAAGCGACGAUGAAGCUUUCCCUGACACACAUAUCAAGGUCGAUCACGGAACAGGGGAAGUUAUAAUGCAGUCGAAAACGCGGACCAUAUCAGAAGUAUCAAACAACAGUGACGACAAACCCCUUUCAUUCCCGUCCCUACCAAAGAAGACCGGCAAGAAAAACAACAAAGAACAGCAGAAGAAAGAAGAUAAAAAGGAGGAAAAGAAGGAGCCGAGCAUGAAGCGCGGGCAGCGCAGCAAGCUCAAGAAGAUUAAAGAGAAAUACAAGGAUCAGGAUGAGGAGGAUCGCGCGCUCAGGAUGAGCAUACUGCAGUCAGGCAACGCCCUAAAAGACACGAAGAAAAGCCAAAAGAAAGCGGCAGCCAAGAGCGGCAAGACCGGCAAGACGAAGGGGCCCAAGAUACCGCAGCCCGCGCCGCAGAUCCUGGAGGCCGAGGACGAGGAGCCGGAGGAGCCUGACGCGGACGCUGAGCCGGAGCCACAAGGUGCUGAUGUGGAAAUACUGAACCAGCUGACCGGCUGUCCUCUACCCGAGGACGAGCUAUUGUUCGCCGUGCCCGUGGUAGCGCCCUACUCCGCCCUGCACAACUACAAGUUCAAAGUGAAGCUAACCCCAGGCAACAGCAAGCGGGGCAAGGCGGCCAAGACGGCCGUGGCGGUGUUCGCGCGCGACAACACCUGCUCGCCGCGGGAGAGAGACCUGCUCAGGGCCGUCAAGGAGGAAAACGUGGCGAGGAACUUCCCCGGCAAGGUCAAACUGUCCGCGCCGCAGCUGCAUAAGCAUAAGAAGUGA